UUGUGUAUUUGGCCUGAGAAGUUGUUUGUUUCUCCGUCCUCCGGCAUGGAUUCCACAUCAUCUCACAGCAGCUGUGUGUUGGAAUCCAAGGAGCUAAGAUGCCUGGCAGGAGAUGAAGCCGUCAGCGUCCUUAAAUGCAUUAUAUGCUGGGAAUUCUACGUCGACCCCGUAGUUCUGGCGUGCGGACACACGUUCUGCUUCAGAUGUCUCUUUCAGAUGGCAAUGCAUGCUAAGCAGAAUAACUGUAGAGUUCCCGUUCACACUAUUUUCAUUGGGUGUCCGAACUGCCGGCGACCUAUCUACAUUAGCGCUAUCCUGUCGCAUAAGCUAACCCACAAUUAUCCAUUGGCGUCCUUUCUAGAGAGUCUAAGGCAACGACAGUUGCCAAAAGUUGAUAUGGUUACCAGAGAAACGAAUACAGAGCCGCCGGAACCAACCAAGCCGGAAAAAGAAGAGGAAAAUAUAUACGAAGAGUCUGAGGCCAAUAGAAAUCAGUACGACUAUGACGAGCAAAAACUCAACGUCCUGACAAGUAACUUAGACCUCGUGCUGCGAACACUGACUGCCACGAAUUCGGUCUUGGGAGAUUUGUCAUGCGCACCAGAAAACCAGCAUCUCCCCGAUUUUCAUAUCGGCUCUGAGGUUCAAUCUAAUCAACGUCGUAGCAGACGCCGACCACGAGCGUCAAGGCCGCCAGCGUGCCGACAUGACAGGUCCAUUGACGAGCUUUGCUCUUCUUUGCAAAGGGCUAAUUUUGGCGUCGAACCCGAAAGCGAAGGUACAGAGUACCACCCCAGCAUUCAUGUUCCGAACACCUCCAUUCCGGUAUCUAGCCUGUUCGGUGGGUCUAGAGAACCUUUCGUUAGCGGAGUUCCAGAAACGACAUUGCAAGACCCAGCAAUACUUUCCUUUGCCAUUGAUUCUCAACAAAAUCCCAACAUUCAUACAGGAGAUCAUUUUCCCCCAGUUGGCUUGUACACAUUUCCUGGUUUCGGACAAGUUUAAUUAGGUCUGCCUGUCAGUUAUAAAAUAAAUUUGAAAAGGAGAUG